GGCGCGCGCGGGCUUCCUUGUUGGCGCGCGCGGGCUCGUAGCUAAUCUCCAAGAAGUGAAGCAGGAACCUCAUGAACUGUGGCCAUCUUGUUGUCUUUGUGUGGCUCCCAACAGGGCCGGAGGCUGGUAGACAGCCCGGGGGCCGCUGAGAGCCUGCUGCCUGCCCUUCACACCAGCUCACCGAGUCUCCCCACCUUCAGAGAUCGCUGCAGAUCAGGCAGCCGCGGUUACGUCCCGAGAGCGCAAAGAUCUCCCGAGACCCUCUUAUCAUGCACAGCUCCGCCGGGACGGCAGCUUCUCCGUGGCGGGGGAUCUCCGAAAGAGGGUGAAGACAGGCUACAAACCUCCCCCUGGCCACAGUGACGGUACGGAUGGGAGACUCAGGAGCCGUAGGGCUGGCGCAGUCUGACGUGACGGCUCCCCAGCUCCUCUGUGACACUUGCAACCCUCGGGCCUGCUCUGCUUAACAGUGUCCCAGCUGGGAGCUGCUCCUCCAGAUCUGCGGGGAACAUAUACAUGGCAGCAAUUCAAGCUGAAUCUAAUGCUUGUUGACUCUGGAAAUGUGAAGGAUAUAUCUGUUCUCAGAUGUGAAGAUGAGAAAUGAACAGAACAUGAAGGAGAAAAUUAGUUCAUCUGACACUUCUAGCAAGUCUGCAACUCGAGUAACAGAACCAGUUAUAAGCAGAUUUUCCAGCUUCUAAUCACAAAAGGAAAAGAGACUGGUCUUUAUAGUUUUUAUGUUCAAAAUAUGUAUAAAACGCUUGUAAUGCUUACUUCAGAUUGUUAAUUUGUCAAGUAUAAGAGAUUUGCAAGUCUGGUAACGAUUUUCAUUUAUUUUACAAUGAGACAGAUUAUUAUUCAUUGUCGUUCUCGAGCCUUAUUUUAUUACCAUUUGCAAAAACGGUUUUGACCUUACAUCUAAAUGAAAGCGUCAUCAAAGAAUAUGGAGGCGGCAUGGGAGUAACUGAAUACAUCCAGCAUUUAAAGUACAUUAACCAUUAGAAACACAUCCAUUGCAGAUAGGCUCAGCCUCAAGGAAAGACCACACACACACACACACACACACACAGGAGAGAAAAUCACUGUGUCACACAGGAGAGAAAAUAAGCUCUUCUGCUCAGAGCUGGGACCCAGGUGACAAUGCCACAGAGUGAAGGGAGGGCUAUGGUGGAGAUUUGUGUAGUUGUGCAUGGCAAGGGCCAGGAGGGUGGGCAUGUGGCAGUGUCUGAAUGCAGGGAGGGGCCCAGGAAAUGGACCCUUGAAGAAGUGAUGUCACUGAUGACACACCCAGUAGAACCUGAAUUGUGACCUGGACAGAACCCAGAUCCUGGUCGCAGACCCCAGUCCAGCUCACUUGACCGGAGGCGCUCGACAGAGCAACAUGCGGUCUUGUUGUGCGGAGCCUUCUGAAGGCGUGGAAGUCAGGGAAGCCGAGAGAGAGUGUCCUCUUGCUGCCUGUGGGCGUUGGCUCAGAGACCACCUCCAACGCCUCUGUCCAUGUCUCCCGAGGACCUCCAAGCGUGAACCUGAGCCAACUCUCCAUGGGACUGAGGUCCCCACGUGCAGGGAUCCCGGGACAGGAGUGAGGAGGAAGGGGAGAAAGCUCUCCAUACUAGUGGAUCCAGCUCCAAAUACCAGCCGGAGCACUUCCGAGGCCGUACUCCCUCCCGAGGACGCGGACCAGCUGGCAGCUGUGAAGGAGAAGCAGGGACAGUCCCUACUCCCUGCAAGGUCACGGCCAGGGAGUGUCACAAGCGAUGCCCUCAAGGCCUCUUCAAGCAACAAGGGGCAUGACGAGGGGCCAGAGGAGGAACUGAAAAUUCCCAGGAUGGGACAGGCUAGACACCUUGCCUGGGAGCCCGAGCAUGUGCCCAGCGUCAUCGAUGCCAGCCAGCCUUCCUCCACCCUGGAGGGCCAAGUCCUCCACCACUUGGUCCAGGAGGAGCACCUGGGGCCCACGGUGGCAGAGCUGGAAGAACCACGGCAGAGGCAGCUGGCUCCAGAGACACAGGGAGGGCCGGCUUCGUGGGUAGAGCCCGUUCAGGAACUCCCUGAGACCCCUGUGCGGGAGCUACGGCCGGUGUCACCUGCUUCAGCCCCUGCAGAGCAGGAGGACAUCCCAGCAGAGGCCUCAGCUCCAAGGCAAGGCCCCAAGCUGGAGCCCCAGGAGCCCUCAGGCAUGGGGCCCGGAGCAACUGCCAUAAUGGUACCAGGCCUUGCAGAGCCAGAGACAUGUCCAGACCCCAUGAGCCCCUGGGACAUCCCAGGAGUGGUCUCAGCCCCGGUGCCAGGCCCCGAGCUGGAGCCCCAUGAGCCCUUGGGCCCGGGGCCCGUGGCACCUGCAGGAAUGGCGCAGGGCCUGGCAGAGCCAGAGGCGGACCUAGAGCCCACCAGCGCCUGUGUCGCAAUCACCCCGGACGUGCCGAGGUCGGAGGAGCGGACCAUCCUGCAGUUCCCCGCCCACAUGGUGGCCGAGCAGCUGACCCUGAUCUGUGCGGAGCUGUACAGCAGGAUUGAAUACGGCCAAUGCAAGGUCUACUUAGAGAGGCCACCAAUGAUGGAAGGCACUGAGCUAGUGGGCCCCAACGUGGAAAUGGUCAUCAGGCAAUUCGAUGGCAUGGUUAGCUUGGUCAUCUCCUCCUGCCUUGGGACCGUGACCAUGACGGCCCAGAACAGGGCCCAAGUGGUGCAGUUCUGGAUCCGGGUGGCUGAGGAGUGUCUGGCCCUCAAGAAUUUCGCUGCCCUCCAUGCCAUUCUCUUGGCCCUGCAGAGCCGUCCCAUAGGUCGUCUGGAGAGCACCUGGGGACGAGUUUCCUGGAAGAGCUCCCGGACCUACAAAAAACUUAAAAAGAGGGAUGAGGAGGCUAACAGAGAGUGGCUCCUCGAGGAGGUGAGGGCCCUCAUGAAGCAAAAGCUGUGCGCCCGCAGGGGAUGCCAGUAUACAAAGAAGCAGGGCAUGGUCCCAUUCCUUGGAUUGUUUCUACAUGACGUGCCCGUCGACCAACUCCCGGAAAAUAACGACGUCACUGUCAUCCUACAUGAGAUGAUGAUAUAUAAGUACGUGGCCAGGCUGUAUGACCUGGAGCGCAAGGAGCACGUCAUGUCAUUUCUCCAGGCCAUGGAGCCCCUGGAUGAGGAGGAGAGCUACAGCCUGUCCUGCCAGCUGGAGCCCCCAGGCCAGGGGGCCAGCAGAAAGGGACUGUUGCAGUUCUUCAGGCCCCACAAGAUGUAAACUUACGGGCCGGCCAGGGCCAGCUGCUGUCAUCGGGCCCUCGGCCCUGCUGGUGUCCUGGCUGCAUGUGGAGGAGAGCUUCUUCCCCUUCGGGCAGGCGGCACCUGGCGCCCCAGGACCCCAGUCUGCUUGCUGCUCCUCUUCCUCCCGCUGCUCAUCCUGAGCCUCUCCUGGGGCAGGUGCUCUGGCACCUCCUCUGUCGGCAGACCCGGGCAGCUCCCCAGGCUGCCGCUGUAUCCUCAAGGACCCGUACAUAGCUGCGGCCAACCUGGCCCCCUUCGUGCUGUGUCGUCCCCUCUGCUCCCGUGGCCCACUGGACAGAGGCGAGCCGCCCCACCGUGCGGAGGAUGUUCCUCUUCGUGCAGGUGGCCUCCCGCCGUGACGCCAACUCCUGCCUGGGCGCUGUCAGCUACUGAAUCGUAGCCACAGGGUUCCAGGAAGAGGCGGGGGCCUUUCCUGGGAUGGCCAUGGACACGGCGCAGUGCUGCAUGGGACCACAGCCCCCUGGUUCCCAGUGGAGGCAUCUGAGGAUGCAGGAGUGGCCGGCUGUCUCAGGGUUCCGGAGCUUGCUUCCAGGGGAGCCCCCUGUACAACUCCCUCCCCCAUCCCUGAAAAUAGCCUCCCCAGGUGCAGUGUGGUCUGGGUGUUGUGUCUGAGGUUUAUGGUUCCUGGGGGUUGGGGUCAUCCCUGUGCAGAAUGUAAUAAAUGAUGAACGGAUUGCCA